AUGGCGGUGCCUGAGAAUGCCAGGGCGGGACAGCAACCCGAUAGACCCAUGGACCCUCACGCCAGCACUCUAUUUUUCACUGCCCUCGCACACGAGCAGCCGCCCGGACGAGGGAACGCGGCCGCGGCCGGUAGACGUGCCUCGGUUCCCACAUUGGCGGCUGCAAGCCAGAACCGGCGCCACAGUAAGCGGCAGCAUGACGACGUGCCUAGGCCGACCGGGACGCCGGAACAACGCAGAGCGGCGUUCACGACUCGAAGCGUUCAGCCGAGCGGCGGACUUCCCCAUACUCUUGAGAGAACAGAGAUUAUAGUCGUCAAAACAGAGGACCAGACUACCGCAAGACGUGCCGCUGCUGUGAUUGCCUCGGAAGACGGCAAGAAAGGAAGGCAGUCCAAAAAGGCUCGCAAGGCUGUGUCCGGAGCCAAGGAUACGGCCGAGUCCAGAGUCGUGGCUGCACUUGACAGCCCCGAUGCCGGCACUCCCAAGGCGGAAACGAGCAAGAAAGCGACCCAACGCCCGGAAGGCGGGACGGCACCUGCCGUUCCACCCGAAGACGGGGGAAAGCCCAAGAAGAAGCCCGAGAAGGAGCCCAUGAAGGAGCCCAUGCAGGAGCCUAUGCAGGAGCCCAUGAGGGAGACCAAGAAGGAGCCCAAGAAGGAGCCGAAGAAGCUGACCGUCGCGUUCGUGCCCGUGGCCUCGCCUGUGCUGGACGCAGCUUGUCCGGCCGGCCCUCCGGCCAAGUCGAAGCGCCGCAAGCGCAGACGGCGGCAGCCCAUCAAGAGGCCCUCCGAGCUGCCCCUCCUCCGUUUGCCCAAGACCUUUAUGAGCGUCGUGCGCAACUAA